UUUGGAUUUGGAAACCACCUGACGGUAUGUUGCUCACUACUUCGCGUCCAUGACCAAGACCUGCGGAUCCCGAUCCUCGAUGCUCCUCUCGCUCCCGACGCCAGCGCUUUCGGCCCAAGCGACGCGCUGCCAAGCCCCGUAGCCUCUGGGUGGGUGUCACGUCUCCAGAGCAGCCGUCGCUUGCAAGAAAUCAUCCGCGUCUUGCGUGUAUCAAGGAUCGGAUUAGGCGUGGGCGUGGGGUCGUUUUAAUGGCCUCUCGCUGAUGCUUGAUCCAAAAUGCAGAUUUUCGUCAAGACCCUUACGGGCAAGACCAUCACGCUCGACGUGGAGCCGUCGGACAGCAUUGACAAUGUCAAGCAGAAAAUUCAGGACAAGGAGGGAAUCCCGCCUGACCAGCAGCGUCUGAUCUUCGCCGGCAAGCAGCUCGAGGACGGCCGCACUCUGUCGGACUACAACAUCCAGAAGGAGUCGACCCUGCACCUGGUGCUGCGUCUGCGUGGUGGUGGCAAGAAGCGCAAGAAAAAACAGUACACCAAGCCUAAGAAGAUCAAGCACAAGCACCGCAAGGUCAAACUCGCCGUGCUCAAGUACUACAAGGUGGACGACAACGGCAAGAUCCAGCGCCUCAAGAAGGAGUGCCCCGCCCCUCAGUGCGGUGCCGGUGUGUUCAUGGCCACCCACUUCGACCGUCACUACUGCGGCAAGUGCCACGUGACGUACCAGUUCCAGGGCGAGGACAGCGCUUAAGCGUAUGGCAAUCUGCUAUAGGCGUUGUCUGUUGUUAAGCUUUACAGCCUAAUGUCAAUGCAAUGCCAUGGUUUCCAUCCAACUUAACGGUUAAUUAGAGUUUAACUGUGUUCUCCAUAACUUGCCGAAUAUUACUUCGCAUCGGGUUAAUAACUUCCCAUUCCUUGGAGCUCAUAAAUGCCGAAGUGUCGGUCUGCUGCUGCGAGUACACCAUCGCCUUGGCUGGAGACUCCUGAACAGCCCCACCGCCACUAGCUCGUAGUAUUUCGUUGGCCACUUCUUCGCUUACGUAGCUGUCUCCGUCUUCGAUCACAUCGUCGCCAAAUAAUGGCGGUAAGGCGUACGGGUCGGAACAGAAUGUCCGUCGCUCAGCAUUGUCAGCAACUGGCCG